CUUGAUGGGCCAUGAGGGAGUUCAGCGCCUUAAGCACCACACAUCCUGUGGUCCCCUCUCCAUCAUUUAAAUAGUCAGAUUUUAGCAAUCGUUUCACAUCUUUAAAAUUUCGGCAACUGUGAUAAGUAGAAAUGAAUAGCUACAUACAAGCAAAAUCUCAAACUUCUUUGUACCUGUUUUGGCAGGGCAGGCAAGUAGGCAGUAUUGUUUUCAUGUAAUAGCUGGAUAUUAAUUGUUCUAGCAGGUAUAUAGAUUACAUGGCGUUUUUUCUUAUCCUCAUCUUAUUUUGCUAGAUUAUUCUGAUUCAAGUAUUUUUUAAAUCAAAAUCUCCAUUUAUGGAAAUUUUAAAAUGUUAAUUUCACAUUCCAUUAUUAAUAUGGAUUGGUCACCUUAUUAGUAUUUAUGUUAGAGAACACAAAUACCUGGAAUUGGAAAUGUUAACAAUAAGCAAGUUGAUAGUAAUCGUGUAUGUUGUAAUUCUGGAUCCCGUAAGGUAGAAAAUCGCAAGGAAAAGAAACAGCUCUAAGAGGUAGCGGUUUGGCGCGGUAGCGGUAGACAGGCACAUUUCCACUCCGCCUCCCGGCUAUCGUCCAUCUGCAGGUGUUAAGGAAACACUACAGACACGGAAUGCGUCGGUGCAGAGUUCCCUUCUGUUACCACCGACCAGAAAGGAAGCAGGACCAAGUUCGACGAGAAGCAAGUCACUGCGGAAAACAAGCCCAUUUCCUGCGGGGCGAGCACUAGCUUCAAAGACAGCGCUCCACACGCCACGGCAACCUGGCUCAGAGUCUAACCUUAUUGUUAUAAUUACUAUUUAAUAGGCACCCCCGCAUUCCUAGAUGCCCCUCCCCUCGAGAUCCGGAGGGUCCCAGAACACUUCGCUGGUCUACAUUCAAAAACCGCGAGACUUCGCUGUUUUCUGACAUAAUCAAAAAAUGGAGGCGAGCUUCUGUUUAUUUUGGCCGGGCUCAAAACCGGCGUCUCAGGGCGGAGACCCACGACCUCGCGGCAGAACGGCGGCUCAAGGUCCCAAGGUCGCAGCCCUCGAGGGCUGUGCCCCGCUGGCGCCAAGCCCCGCGGCCUCCGCCGCCGGGCGGGGAAGGAUGGACGCGGGAGCGUGCGCGGCGUCACAAAGCGCAGCCGGAACGCGACGCUCGACGCCGAGGUUCCGGGCGUCCCCCGAGAACCCCACCUGCGGCCAGCCCUCGCGACCCCCGCUGGGCUCUCGACGCUGUUGUUUGGUGUUUGGCCUCCGGAGGGGCGUUCUCUGGAGGUCCGCCGGUGCAGGCCGCAGUGACAGGGCCGCUCGCCCCGCGCACCCCGCCUCUUGCCCGGUGGGUGCUGCGUCUGCUCGCGGCCUCCGCGUCCUGCAGGCCCAACAUGGCGCAGGAGGUGUCGGAGUUCCUGAGUCAGAACCCGCGGGUGCCCGCCUGGGUGGAGGAGCUGCGUUGCGAGGGCGAGACUGACAAACACUGGCGCCACCGCCGGGAGUUUCUGCUCCGCAAUGCCGGAGAUCUGGCCCCCACCGGCGGCGCUGCUUCCGCUACCACGAAUGAGGCUGCAGAGGCCGAGAGGCGGUCCCGCAAUCGGCAGUGCCGCACGUCAGUUCCUUAGCUGCAGCAGCUCAUCUCCUUCUCCAUGGCUUGGGCAAACCACGUCUUCCUGGGGUGCCGGUACCCUCAAAAAGUUAUGGAUAAAAUACUUAGUAUGGCUGAAGGCAUCAAAGUGACAGAUGCUCCAAUCCAUACAACAAGAGACGAACUGGUUGCCAAGAAGGGGUAGAAGAAUCAUCCAAAAAACGAGCCAUUGAAGGGAAGAACAAUUCUGUAGUUGAGCAAGAUCAUGUGAAAAUUUCUGCCCAAACAGAACGUGCAUCAGCUCACCAGGAAAACAGUUCAGCAUCAGAGAGUAGUGGGAACUCAACUCGGAGCUCUGGCAUCUCAAGUCAGAGUAGCUCUGCCAAUGAUGGAGAUCGAUCUGUUUCCAGCCAAAGCGGCAGCAGCAUUUCCUCUCAGG